UAGCCAAUCUGGUGACAUCGUGCCGCCAUCGCCUACCAUCGCUACCUUGCCAUGUGGUCCGACAUCGGCAGUGGUGAAUCCCUCUCUCUCGACUUCUCCCACCCCUCCAUCGACCACCCUCUCUCAUACUGAAACCCAUAUCCAUUUUGGGUUUGAAAACCCUUACUGUUGUCGCCUACCCCACCGUACCACGCAGUCCAACAUCAGCCAAGGCAGCUCCUCCCUCUCGGCCUCUGUGUUCGUUACCCUCACCUUCCUUGUCUUUGUCGCUCACUGCCUCUCUCUCUCUCUCUCUCUCGUCGUGCCGUCUGUCGCAGCCAAUGUCGUCGCCACUUCUUGCCAGGCGCCACUCCUUGUCGGGCGGUUUCCCUCUUAACCCUCUCGAUCUCGCCUUUCUUCCUGUAGAUCUCUCCCUCUAUCUCUCGAUCUCUGUCUCGCAGUUAACAUGCUGCCGCUGUGAAUUGCCAGUUGUGUGACGUAGGGAGUCAGGGUAUGCGCGUGAUCCAAAGGGGAGACUAUGGUGCAUGCGUAAUUAAAUGGAUGCUUUAAAAAUGGAAAUGUGGAUUUUUGGCGUGCAUGGCUUUUCUGUAAAUUGUUGAGAAGGAUAUUGGCUUUGUGGAGUUUUGGUGGAGGAAAAACAAAAUGUUUCUCAAGGUACAGUUGCCUUGGAAUGUCAUAAUCCCUGCCGAAAACUUGGAUGCGAAAGGAUUGCUGCUCCAACGGUCAAUUAUUAUUCGCCUGUUGGAGGACUUUGCUGCUAGAAAGGCCACUAAGGAUCUUGGAUAUUAUCUUGCAGUCACGACUCUGGAGAGCAUAGGAGAGGGGAGAGUUAGACAGCAAACGGGAGAUGUAAUGUUUCCAGUUGUUUUUAGUGGAAUCACCUUCAAGCUUUACAGAGGAGAGAUUUUAGAAGGGGUUGUCCACAAGGUGCUGAAGCAUGGGGUCUUCUUGAGGUGUGGACCGGUGGAAAAUAUAUAUCUCUCUCAUCUGAAAAUGCCAGGUUACAGUUAUAUGCCUGGGGAGAAUCCAAUGUUCAAUGACAAGGUUUCGAGGAUUGAAAAAGACAUCGUGGUUCGUUUCAUUGUUAUUGGGACAAAAUGGCUGGAGGCGGAAAGGGAAUUUCAAGCAUUGGUCAGUUUGGAGGGACAUUAUCUGGGACCAGUUUCGUAGUGUUGAUGAUACUGCCUUUGCAUCUGGGACCAAAUAUGUUUAUAAGCCUUGUCGAUACUCAUGCUGCUUGGAUACUACUAUUAUCUACUUCAAUUAACUUCUUUGAGUUCUUGUGACAAAGUAAUUGGCAUUUUGACAUAUUGUUGGUAGUAAGUUGCAACUUUUUCCGUUAGCAGGUGACAGGUGUCCACUUGUGCAAAUUAAUCAAGGGUGCAUCCUCUGUGAAGUUUGCUGGAAUAUUACUUCAGUUUCCACAACACCUCUGGCUCUGUUGUUCAGGAUUUUAGAUUUGUGUCUCGAUGUUUAACUUUGGAAUUGCAACAGCUCAUGGAACCUACAACAAGAAUGUUACAGACAGCUUGCUUUCAGUUUGGAAUUGCAGCAGAAUGUUUAUGUUACCAAAAGUCUGUCUUACACUAUUUUAGCGAGCUUGGUCGCCUAAAGAUGUUCCAAAUAUUAAUUUA